CUCUCUCUCUCUCUCUCUCUCUCUCUCUCUCUCUCUCUCUCUCUCUCUCUCUCUCUCUCUCUCUCUCUCUCUCUCUCUCUCUCUCUGUGCGUGUGAGCAGACACCUAGAGCUUUGGAGAAAGCAUUGGGCAUGGGUGCAUUCAAACUGCACGGUUUGGACGUGAGCACGACGAAGGCGGUAUCGACGACAAAGCUAGUGAAGAUGAAGGCCAUCAGAGAGCUCAGGGAGCUGCAGAAAGAGGUUCUUGCAGAGAACAGCUAUGGCGUGUUCGUCAAAUCGCUGCCGGAAAACCUGACAUGGACAGAGGUCAAGGAGGCGUUCUCGAGGUUCGGCGAGGUCGAGUCUGUGCGGACGAAGAGCAUUCUAGGUUCGCGCCACUGUUUUGUUGAGAUGAAGACUGCGGAGGGUUACGAUCAGGCUCUGCGUAAUGGUUUUGUCGAGUUGGGAUCGUCUACGGUCCGGAUAUAUCCGGCCAAUCCGCUUAACCAGCCGGCCAUCAUACGCAUCCGAAAUGCUUUGCUGACGCCGGAGGAAAUUGCCCGCGAAUGCAAAAGAAUUGCUGUGGUUGAAAAGGUUGAAGUCAGGACUCAAGGGCUUGUCGACGUCUACUUUCAAGUCAAGGACAUGGAG